GCUCCCAGCGCGGCUGCCUUCCCCGUGGCUGGGUCCCUAAGGAAAGGGAUCAGGGGACCAUGGACAUCGAAGCCUAUUUUGAAAGAAUUGGCUAUAAGAACUCUAAGAACAAGUUGGACUUGGAAACAUUAACGGACAUUCUUCAGCACCAGAUCCGAGCCAUUCCCUUUGAGAACCUUAACAUCCACUCUGGUGAAUCCAUGGAGUUAGACUUACAGGCCAUUUUUGACCAAGUUGUGAGGAGGAAGCGGGGUGGGUGGUGUCUCCAGGUUAAUUAUCUUCUAUACUGGGCUCUGACCACAAUGGGUUUUGAGGCCACAAUGUUAGGAGGCUAUGUCUUUAAUACUCCAGCUAAUAAAUAUAGCAAUGGUAUGAUUCACCUUUUAGUACAGGUGACCAUCAGUGGCAAGAGCUACAUUGUUGAUGCUGGGUUUGGACGCUCCUACCAGAUGUGGGAACCUCUGGAAUUGAUCUCUGGUAAGGAUCAUCCUCAGGUGCCUGCCACCUUCCGCCUGACGGAAGAGAAUGGAACCUGGUACCUGGACCAAAUCAGAAGAGAGCAGCACAUUCCAAACCAAGAGUUUAUCAACUCUGAUCUCCUUGAGAAGAACAGAUUCCGAAAAAUCUACUCCUUUACGCUCGAUGCUCGGACGAUUGAAGAUUUUGAGGCUAUGAAUAUAUUCCUUCAGACAUCUCCAGCUUCUGUGUUUACAAGUAAAUCAUUUUGUUCCUUGCAGACCCAAGAAGGGGUCCACUGUUUAGUGGGCUCUACUCUCACCUAUAGAAGAUUCAGUUAUAAGGACAAUGUAGAUCUGGUAGAGUUCAAGACAUUGAAUGAGGAAGAAAUAGAAGAAGUGCUGAAAACCAUAUUUGGUAUUUCUUUGGACAGAAAACUUGUACCCAAACAUGGUGAUCGGUUUUUUACUAUUUAGAGUAAGCCACAAUGGUCUUCUGCAUCACUGCAUAUACUAAAACUUUUUGUGAUGAAAUUUUCAAAUAUAUACAAAGUACAAAUAA